UGAACUGUCAAAUCUAACUUAGAUAUUUUAUUGACGAGUUACUACACAAGUACUAUUACCUACUAUACAUAUAUGAGAAUAGGUACAAGGAGAAUUCGAGAAUAUUUAGGUAAUUCUCACACUUUCUCCAAUAUGUCCCUAACGGUAAUAAAUACCGCAUUACCGCAACCCCAGCUGGUAGGUACCUAUUUGUAAGCCUAUAGGUACGCCAGGCACACAAUUAAAAGUAAUUUCGCCGACCCCAAAGAAAACCAGAAUGGUUACUAUGGAUACCAAUUACAAAUUAAAUUAAAGCUUUUUCAAAGUAUUGAUUGCAUCGUUACCGUGUUUUAUUAUUGAACAGUUACAUAAACAUAAUGAAAGUGUUGUAACUAUUACGAAUAUUAUCACAGACUUACGCAAAACAAUAUGAACCGUUGUUUGUGUUUACUGGACAGAUAACGAACUGUAUGUACACUUCCAUUGCGGGGGACUCUGAUUACCGGAGACCUGAUAUCUUGACCCCAGAUUGAUAAAUCAGUUUUAAAUGCAAACAAGAUCAUUCUGUGUCCGGCAACUGGACUGAGAAGAUACCGCUUUUAAGAACUCUUAAUGAAACCUGAAGAUAGCCAGGAGAACCCAAGAGAAGAAAAACAAAGAAAAAGUUUCAUCAACCCAAGCCCAAGGAUGCCCAACAUCAAAAUUUUCACCGGCACCUCUCACCCAGAGAUCGCCAAAAGGAUCGUCGCAAAACUGGGAAUACCCCUCGGGAAAGCGACAACAAAGUACUUCAGCAAUAAAGAAACCAAUGUGGAAAUUGGGGAAUCAGUCAGAGGAGAAGACGUCUACAUCGUCCAAAGUGGGUGUGGGGAUAUCAACGAUAACCUAAUGGAGAUGUUUAUCAUGAUCAACGCUUGCAAGAUUGCAUCAGCGUCCCGCGUCACAGCUGUUAUCCCAUGCUUCCCUUACUCCAGACAGGACAAGAAAGAAAAGGCAAGAGCACCUAUCACAGCUAAACUACUCGCCAAUCUUGUAUCAGUGGCUGGAGCUGACCACGUCAUCACCAUCGACCUCCACGCGUCCCAAAUCCAAGGAUUCUUCAACAUCCCAGUCGACAACCUAUACGCAGAACCAGCUAUCACGAAGUGGAUCAUGGAGAAUAUACCGGAGUGGAAAACCAGUGUGAUGGUAUCACCAGACGCUGGUGGUGCUAAGAGGAUGACUGCUAUAGCUGACAGACUAGAGAUCGACUUUGCUAUCAUCCACAAAGAGAGACAAAGAGCGAACGAAGGCGACUCAACAGUGCUAGUCGGAGAUGUCAAGAACAGAAUAGCUAUCAUGGUAGAUGACUUAGCUGACACGUGCGACACAAUAGUCAAAGGAGCGGAGAAAUUGCGUGAAGCUGGAGCUAGCAAAAUAUACGCGAUAUUGAGUCACGGAAUAUUCGCUGGAAAUGCCAUUGACAAGAUCAACAGUUCAUGUUUGGAGGCUAUUGUGGUGACGAAUACGAUACCUCAGGAGAAACACAUGAAGUUGUGUCCGAAAUUGCAGACCAUUGAUAUUUCAGUGAUGUUGGCUGAAGCGAUCAGACGCACGCAUUACGCCGAAUCAGUGUCAUACUUAUUUACUAAUGUGCCGUAUUAAGAUUUGCUGAAAUUUUACUAAGAGGUUUUAAGAAAACUUGUGAUCUUGACCGAAGAUGGAUUAAAGGGGUACAUAAGAAGCUGUACAUGAAACAAUGCACUGUAAAUACUGUAAUCAAUGAGGGUAACAUGAAAGAGCAUGAAAAUUAUAAGAAAAUGUAUGUCGAUAUUAUUGCCAUAAUGGAUAUCUGACCGAAUAAAAAAACUGUAUAAAAAUAACGCAGCCUUAUUCAUCGAUUUGUCUACUACCUACGAUCCACUACUUCGUCAUUAAUCUUAGUAAUUGAGUCAUUUAAUUCCUUUUGACGUCAAGUUACGCAACUUUAUCGAAUCAAAGUAACAAUACUACUUAGACGUAGGCACUCGAAUAUUUCUAGAAAAAAUAUUACCACACGACAGAAUAAGAUCAAAUUAAUAUUAUCUCUAUCUAAUUGCAAAGGUCAAUCUUACUUUUACUUGUAAGUAGUCAUGAAUAUUAUUUUGCCAAACCAAACUUACUCUAAAUGAGUUUAUCUCGAAUUAUUUUAACAUUAUUGCCUACGUAAAGACAAACAAAAACAGAUUUGUAACAUCAAAGGUCAACUUUGAUACAGAAGGUUAAGCCCCAAACGUGAUACAAAGACCCCAAAUUAUAAGGUUUCGUCAUUUGUCCAAGCGCUUGUAAUAAAUGACGUAGCAGAUACUGGCAGAUAUCAAUGUUGUACCUAUUACAUUAAAUUUAUAUUUACCCUAUCUCUUACCCAGGCCAGGUCGGGUCAAAAUACCUCUUAUGAUAAGUGAAAUAGGUAGGUAUCGUUUAUGAUGUAACCUUGGUAUUGUUUACGUAAAAUGACUACCUACUUUAUUGGUUGAUGUGUAAACAAAACUAAUUAAACAAGAUUAAAUAAGAA